AUAAAAAGAAAGCGCGCUCGCUUUCGGCGCUCACUUUUGGUCCCAGCCACCAAACGGCGUGUAUCUCACCCAAAACAGAAACAAAUCAAAAGCCAAUCCAGAAGAUAAAUCUUAAGUCCAAAUCUCAAAUCGAACAAGUGCACGGAAUUCGCAAGGCAUUUUUCUUGUUUUUUUUUUGCUGUUUUCGAAAAACUCCAAAGAACCGAAAAAAGAGGAAUCGUGGUAUCGAAAGUGCAUUUCGCAUUGUGAGUGGUUUGAAGUAUCCAAGAAACGCUGAGUAUCUAGUCCGAAGGCCAACAGUACCAGGAAGGAGCCUUCCUCAUCCCAAGGAGUGAAAAGCCGAGCGAAGUCGAGACUCUGCCGGACGGACAUUGCCACUUUCCGGACCCAUCCGCCCGAUCGCCCGAUCGCCAAUCUGCCAAUCUGCAAGAUCCAAGCCAAAGUCCGGCCCCGAACCAAGCCAAGCCCAGCGCCACAAUGACGGAUGUAUCGCAUGAACUGGGAGCCCUGCGCUUCGUGGUGGACUCACCGCUGUCCUCCAAGGUAGCCAUGUUCAACAACCAAGCCACUCAGCACAAGCAGUCCCAGCUUUUGAACCCCUUCUCCCAGGACGGACGCGCCUCCUCGCCGAAGCCCACCUUCUCAAAGGAUCAGUAUGGCAAGCCGCUGGCCGGCAGUCUCACCGAAAUGCGCGGCCAGAAGGCCAACAUUCACGUGAUGAAGGAGAUGCUGGAGCUCUGUCAGAUCAUCAACUCGGAGGGCUACGACGUCAAGGACGAGCCCACCAUGAGGGUGAUCCCCUUCGGCGAGCUCUUCAACAUCUACAACUAUAUCUCCGACAAGGUGGUUGGCAUUCUUCUGCGUGCCCGCAAGCACAAACUGGUGGACUUUGAGGGCGAGAUGCUGUACCAGCGCAGGGACGAUGACGUGCCCGUGUUCCUGCUGAAGCCAAUCAAGGAAAUCCGCGCCGAGAUGGAUGCCAAGAUUGAAGACAUCAAGCGCGCAGCGAGUCCUGCUCCGCCGCAGUCCACUUCUGUCCUGAUGGAUCGUAGUGCUCACGAGCAGAACCUUAAGGCACUGCAGUCGAGGACGCCUUCUCCUGCCGUGGGCAAGUCCAAGGCCAAGUCGAAGACGCCUUCGCCUUCGCCGGCAUCAAGAAAGGCCACAGAAGCUGCUCCCUCUGCGGCUCCAGCUCCAGCAUCAGCCCCAGCUGCUGCUCCUGAAACUGUUUCCGCUCCAGCUACUGCUGCUCCCGCUGCAGCUCCUGCACCUGCUGUAGCCCCUGCAGCAGUUCCUGAAGUCGUCGUAGCACCGGAACCUAUUUCGGAGGCAGCUGCCGCUCCAGCUCCUGUGGAGGCCAAGCCAACUAGCGAGCCAGUGCCGGUUGUGGCAAUAACAGAAGCAACGGAAGACCAAGCAGCUCCAGUGUCGCCUCCAGAAACCAGUCCCCAAGUCGAGGAAGUGGCUCCAGCUCCAGUGCCAGCGGAAGCUCCUGUCCCAACUCCCACCCCCACAUCCGCACCCGAGGACUUGCCCACGAUCGUGAUCGAAGCCUCUGCGGUGUUUGUUCGCACCGUCAGCGUGGAGCAGUUGGCACCGAGCUCGUUGCCGGAGGGUGAGUCCCAGCCGGAAGUCACGCCGGAGGCUCCAUCCAAAGAGGAGGCUGCCUAGGAACCAGGAGAAGGAGGAGGAGGAGCCUUGGGUGCUGGAGGAUCGAUUGUUGAAAGAACUCUCGCAACUAUAAAGCGGCAGCUUUAAAAUUGCAGUAGUUUAGUUUACGGCAUACUUAGAUUAAUUUAAAAUUAGAGAAAACACAAAAACCGAAGACAGGAAUCAAGAGCGACUAUUUAUUAUACUUAUAUACAAUACACAACUAUGCAGUUGAUACGGAGGUACGGGACUAUGUCAUAGACGGACGACCAAAGAGAGUCGGUAAUUUGUAUACCUAAAACAUACAGGUUCUAAGCUAAAAGUAUAAAUAAAUAAACUACACGUAGACACAGUA